AUGAUUCAGGAGCUCCUCUUCCUCUGUGGCCUGCUGGGUCUGGAGGCAGGGCCAGCAAAAGAUCCCACAGCAGCACCUYCAUUGCGAACGGUGGAUAUAGUCCUGGACUGCACCUACGUGGGGGAAGGUCGGAAGGGUGCCCCUGGUCUAGGUGCCUUUGGUGGCUCAUUCUCCAAGGACCCUGCUACCCUUGUGCUGAGGGACAUCAUUGUCAGAGAUGAUGGGAGCCUGGGGGAUGCGAUUGAUUACAAAGCGCCGCACAAAAAAGCUGCUUCCUCUUCUCGCAUUGUUUUUGAAGUCUCAGCCCCACUGGUAUCCGUCCCACAUGCAGAGUCCCUGCUGCAUGCCGACUGCAAUGGGGAGGAGGUGAACUGUGAGAUCUCCCCAUACAACUCCCAGCAGCAUGGCAAGGGGCCCUGCUGGUUCAUGGGGUCUCUGCAACUGGCCAGCGGCAUCAGUAUUGUCCUGGUGCUCAGAGGCCCCCACUGCAGCGGCGAGGAGGCGGAGGACCCAGAUGCAAAGUUGCACCCAAAGCUGAAGAUCCCUUUGAGCGAGAAGGGGACAGUGCUGGCCACAGUUGAAUUUCAGUCAUCGUCACGCAACACUUCCCUGCAGACCCACCUUGGCAGCAUAGUCACCCUUGACUGCCACUUUGCCUUGCCUCCCAGCUCCCCACUCUCCUUCCUGGAGUGGAGGAGGCAGCACCAAGGCAGCGGGCGAAGACUGUUUCAGUACCAGGCAGGAAGAAAAGGUGAAAGAGUGCAUCCAAAAGUCCACGUGGAUUUGCCACAGUUGCUGAGGAGUGGAGAUGCAUCCCUUAAUCUGCAAGGAGUGAGCGUGGGAGACGAGGGCACAUACAUCUGUUUGGUGUCCACCCCACAGCACCAGAUCCAGCACCUCAUCCAGCUGCAGGUGGCCGAGCCCCCACGAGUCCGUGUGAUUCCAGUACAAGUGUCAUUCGAGAGAGAUGUGACUGCUACUCUGACUUGCAGUAUCGAUGGCUAUUACCCUCUGGAUGUCUCUGUGAGCUGGAUCCAGAAGUCUGCUGAAGAUGAAGCAGAAAUCACUCUUUCAAGCACACGUUUCUCUAGCCACCUGCAAAACCAUGACGGCACCUACAGUAUCUCUUCCUACCUGAGCAUCAGCUCAGCCACAGUGCAGGCACCAGCCACCUACAGCUGCCGUGUUUCACAUGUGGCCCUGGAGGAACCCAUCUCUGUUAGUGCCUACCUGAAGGCCACAGAAAAAACAAGGUCAGAAGGACUGGUGGGAGGCCUCAUUGCUACUGUCAUUUUCAUCAUUGUCCUAUUCAUGGCACUCAGGAGGAAAAAGACAGUUAACCCAAAGUCUGAGUAACUUCUAAGGGCUUCAGAGUAGAGGAAGUUUUUGCUUACAUUUAUUUGUUUCCCUUCUGAUAAAUUCUGCUCUGCUCAAAGAUUAGCAGAGCUAUUGGUCAGUAUGGGCAGGGCUGCUCUUCGUGGAAGAACUGAGUGACCCAGAGGACAUGGAGUCACAGAAAAACAUGUCUUCAUCAUGGGAGAGCAACAGAUAACCCCAGCUGAUUCCUGGGAUGUAACAUUGGAUGUAAUGUGUAUAUGUUUCUAGAAAUGCCUCUACUCUUGUUUCAAGGAAAGGUAAAUUGUAUAUAGUUGAGCAAUUGUAUGAUGAUACAUGAUUACAUAAACAUUUUGUAAAUAGGCGUUCAGAAUAUAUAUGUGCAAAUUGUAUGUAGAUGUGCGACUGUAGCUGUGUAUAUGUUUGAUUAAUGCCUCAAAGACAUGUUUUUAAGGAAGAUAUUGUGUGUAUGUAUUUGUCUCAAUUGUCUGUAGGAAUGGGUAAAUAUGUAUGCAGAAUUGAUACUUCAAAAUGGUAAAUCCUUGAAGUUAGGAAAUUACAGGUUAAACUGGAAGUAAAGCAAUCAAAAAAUAYGAUGAAAAUACUGUAACCAAAAGUUACAACAAAAUUCCACAACAGAAGUUUCACUAAUAGAAGUUUAUGAGAAGACCUGUGGUUCUACAGCUCUGAAAUAGGCAGAAGAUAAUCAUUAUCUGCCUAACAAAAUGUGAAGGUAUUUGAGGAUAGUACUUAAAAAUAUUACAUAAAAACAAAAGAGAAGAAGAAAAGUAGAAGUAAGGUAUAGAUGGAAAGAAGCUAUAUGGCACACAACAUAAAUGAGAAGUAAUGAAGCAUUCAAGUUGAUAAGGAGUAUUCAAAAUAUCUGGAAAAUGUGGAUUGCUGUAAGCACUAAGGGCACUUGGAAAUUUUUCAAAAUAUGUUGGGAACCAAGGAAUUCCAGCAAUAGCCUAGACCCUUAUCAGAUGGCUGUAGGUAAAACUGUGAUAGAGAAAAUUUCUGAUGGAGAUUUUUUGUAUACAUAAAGAAGAAGAAUUUUGUAUUCAUAUUAUGUGAGGAUGAUGAACAGUUUUCUAAUCUACUUAGAAACUAAGGAGGGUUUCUAACAGUAGCUGCUAAGCUAAAGUAUUUUCAGAUCAAUAGGCAAAGAUGAUUAGUGCCUCAGCAUCAUAAAACUUUGGGCUGAGGAGUUGUUAUGUCUAUUAUAAUAAGAUCAUUAUGAACCCUGGAAUAUGAGAGGAAUCCCAAGAUAGUGAAAUAGUGUUAAAGCUGUGUUAGUGUUCACAGAGAGUAAGCAAAAUGACAGAGACGACUUAGAUGGUUCCAUAAUAAUAGUCAUAGGCAAGAGAGUGUGAAGCUAAUGCAAGGCAGCUACAAAGACUUCAAAAGGAAAAUGAAAUUAAUAAUUUAAUAUGGUGGUUUAAUAUGUGGUUUUACUUUUUAAAAGGUGUGACAAAGAUGCCUAAUGUAUUCUUUUACAAAAUAAUUCAUUUGRUGAUAAAAAUACUGGCUGCAGAUUUAAAAACCAAGACAUUUGCAAAUAAGCAUGAUGUUCUAAAGGAAAAAAUGUCUGCACAURCAAACAUCAUGAUUUGUGUUAUAUAGAUUAAUUACUUGCUAACUCAAAAAAAUUCAAAAAUAAUUGUCCAAAAAGAAAUAUCAGUCGCUUCCGAAGGUGAAUGCUUCUCUGACAGGGAGCCCAGUGUCAUUGAAUUCCUGAUUUUGUUCCCAUCAGGAAACAUAACUAUAAAAGUAACUUUUGACACAAUUUCCAAAUGGCAAGAAGAUCAGUAGCUAGGGCUGAGAGACUUGUUCAGAUCACUGUAGGCCAAAUGUUUAGUUAAGCAUAUUCAAACAAAGUAAGAAUGCUCAGUAAUGUCCAUGGAAUCUCCCAGGGUGCUACUCUUACCAUGCUUGCUCAACAGCAUUGACCCAUAAAAUAUUAUUAAUCAUCUGACCUGAAAAUAUAUAUAYAGCAGUAACUACU